GGGGGCGCGGGGGGGCGGCGGGGCGCCUGGCCCCGGGGCGGGUUCGGUUGCGCGGCGGUAGGGUCUGUCGCUGUCGGGAGGCAGGAAAAUGGCGCUGACGCAGGGGACCAAGCGGAAAGUCUGUUACUAUUACGACGGUGAUGUUGGAAACUACUAUUAUGGUCAGGGACAUCCAAUGAAACCCCACAGGAUCCGGAUGACCCACAACCUACUGCUGAACUAUGGCCUCUACAGGAAGAUGGAGAUAUAUCGUCCUCACAAGGCAAAUGCAGAAGAAAUGACCAAGUACCACAGUGAUGACUACAUAAAAUUUCUGAGAUCUAUUCGCCCAGAUAACAUGUCUGAGUACAGCAAGCAGAUGCAAAGAUUCAAUGUUGGGGAAGACUGCCCUGUAUUUGAUGGCUUAUUUGAAUUUUGUCAGCUGUCUGCUGGAGGCUCAGUUGCCAGUGCUGUGAAGCUGAACAAGCAACAGACAGAUAUUGCUGUGAACUGGGCAGGAGGCCUUCACCACGCUAAGAAGUCAGAGGCUUCUGGCUUCUGCUACGUCAACGACAUUGUCUUAGCUAUCUUGGAGCUCCUAAAGUAUCAUCAGAGAGUGCUGUAUAUUGACAUUGACAUUCACCAUGGAGAUGGCGUGGAAGAAGCUUUUUAUACCACAGACCGUGUCAUGACUGUGUCCUUUCAUAAGUAUGGAGAAUACUUCCCAGGAACAGGUGACCUGAGGGAUAUUGGUGCAGGCAAAGGCAAGUAUUAUGCUGUCAACUAUCCCCUCCGGGACGGAAUUGAUGAUGAGUCGUAUGAGGCAAUAUUCAAACCGGUGAUAUCCAAAGUGAUGGAGACUUUCCAGCCUAGUGCAGUUGUCUUGCAGUGUGGAUCAGAUUCUCUGUCAGGGGACAGGCUGGGUUGUUUUAAUCUUACCAUCAAAGGUCAUGCUAAGUGCGUGGAGUUUGUAAAAAGUUUUAAUUUGCCUAUGCUGAUGCUGGGAGGAGGUGGCUAUACAAUCCGUAAUGUAGCUAGAUGCUGGACCUACGAGACUGCCGUGGCUUUGGACACUGAAAUUCCGAAUGAACUUCCAUAUAAUGACUACUUUGAGUACUUUGGGCCGGACUUUAAACUCCACAUCAGUCCCUCAAACAUGACCAACCAGAAUACAAACGAGUAUCUCGAAAAGAUCAAGCAACGUCUCUUUGAGAAUUUGCGCAUGCUGCCUCAUGCCCCUGGCGUCCAAAUGCAGCCAAUUCCUGAGGAUGCUGUUCAGGAAGACAGUGGAGAUGAAGAGGAAGAAGAUCCUGAGAAACGCAUUUCAAUCCGCAAUUCUGAUAAGAGAAUAUCCUGUGAUGAAGAAUUCUCUGACUCUGAAGAUGAAGGGGAAGGAGGCCGCAAAAAUGUUGCCAACUUUAAGAAAGCUAAGCGUGUGAAAACAGAAGAGGAAAAGGAAGAAGAGGAGAAGAAAGAUGAGAAAGAAGAGGAAAAAGCAAAAGAGGAGAAAGCAGAACCCAAAGGGGUGAAGGAAGAGACUAAAUCUGCCUAAGAUGGCUGCAGCUGGACAGUACCUGUCAGUGCGUAGUUAUCAUAGGUUAGCUUCUCUGGUUGCCUCCCAUUCCACAGGAUUUAUAUUUUAUAUAUGUUUCUGUAUAUAUUUCUAUAUAAAUAUAUAAAUGACUCAAGAACUGUAAAUUAUUCCUUGCUGCACUCCGCUGGGAGCAGAUAGGGAGGAUUCUGCGGAGUAGACAGACCUGCACUGCCCAGAAUUGGUGACUGGGAAGUUUCACUCUUGCCUUCCACUGCCUCCUUGGUGUGUCUUUAAAAAAUCACUUCCUUCCUUUACUUUCUCCUCUAAAAUAACCACCCUUGAAAAAUAAUAAUUUAAGUAGAAGUAGUAUUUGCAUUUCAGGUUAGGUGGAAAGAUGGCCAUGAAAUUUUUGUUUGUUUGUUUGGUGGGAGAUAGGAGUUCCCAAAUGAAGCCUGUGAGAGACUGACUUUGGUCUUCAGUCUGAUUCCACCGUGGCAAGUAACUGCAAGCUGGUGCCACUUCUCAGGGUCAAAUAAUGCAGUUCUUGAAUAGAGUUGGCUACCUCCCUGCAGCAAACUUGUGGAAAGAGAUGAAGCAGCUUAAAAGCAGAUCUGAAAAGUGCUUUAGUGAAUCAGCCCAAGAGCCCUCCAGGUCUAGAUCUGGAAAAUACAAAAUGAAAAUCACCCUGAUGUGGUGGUUAACAUUUUCCACGAUCUUGCAGAUCCAGUCAGUGUGGCAGCAUUAUGCAGCUCAAGUAAGAGAACAGAUGAAAGUUUUAUACAUUAUUUUUUUUUUCUAUACCAAUGCCCCUCUUUGCAGGAGGAGGGAGGGGGAAGCGAGUUACUGCCCGUUUGGCCUCAAACUUUGCUUUCCCUGCUUGUUCUGCCCUUGGCUACACAUGUUGUAGUGUGCUUUCUCAGUACUAAUCUUUGUCUUAGGCUGAAACCACUGCAGAAAACCCCAAGUCAUCUAAAGCCCAGACCACACAGAGCCCAGUUGAAAACUCUUGUCGACAUGGGUCAGUCACUGAAAAAUUCUCUGAAGUACAAAUGUUUUCAAAUUGAGCCUUUUCUCUCUCUUGCUGUCAAGGCCAGUAAAUGUGGAGAACCUUUUUAUCUUGCAGUCUGAGCUGUUAUCUUUACAGGGAAACAGCAGAUGGGGCUCUGUACUUUUUUAUAACUACUCCUCUUCCUACUCCCACACAUUAUCUCACCCCCAAAGGUCUUUUGUGACCAGAACUGGCCUUUUUCUUGCAUCUCACUUUUUACAGUUGGUCGUUAGAUGAGCUUUCUGUGAAAUGCUUUGCCGAGCUCCAGAUUUGCAGAAGUUUUGCAGGCAGUUUUGACUCGCUGCUCUCCUUUCUCAGGGGGAUUCCUCUGUCCACAAGAGGAUCUGCACCUCCCACGGAGCGCUGCUGAGGGUUUCAACUCUAAUAAUGCUGCUAACUUAACACAGGUUAUUUUUUAAAUGUUUUAUUUUUUUAAAUGCUUUUUUCCCCCCUUUUCCACCGUGAGUUUUUUAGUCUCUUUAAAUCUGAGUGACAUGUCACUCCUGCUCUUCAGUGUUUGUAUGUGAAACAAGAGAGAUCAGUGUAUCUAUCUUUGUGUCUGGGGGGAAAUAUUGUGGUUUUUUAAAGAUGCUUUUAUUUUGAAUUUUGAGAAUCUUUGUAAUAAAACUGGUACAUUUCUA